AUGGAAACUAAAAUAAUUUAUUUCACAGUAAAUGGAACACCAGAGCAGGCUGAGUUUCCUAUCGACUGCCCUGCACAAGAUGUCAAAGACCUGUUUCGAUCGGCAGCUGAAGCUGGACAGAACGAUAUCCUAAAACUCUACAAUCCCAAGGGCAAUAUCAUUAAUAUCUCCCCUGAGCUGACACCUAACAGCCCUCACACAAGCUACAAGCUGGAGGUGGUUGCUACAGACUGCAACAAUGAGCCAUUAGGUACAGAGCUGGCACUGUCACUUGGCUUUGAUCUUUCCUCUAUGGAGAAAAGGUUACAAAGUCUAGAGAAGAAGAUUCUCGUUGAAUCGGGCAAGACUCCCGCUGUUGUUUAUGAGAUGAAGCAACAGGUGGAGUCAUUCAGAGAAAAACUUGGGAGUGUGGAGCACCUGAGCUGGCUGGGUCUGUUUAAGGAAAUGUCUGAGGGCACUCACAAACCCUCUCCAUUCUACCACAAGAGAACACUGCGCAAGACACGUGAAGAGUGUGAACAUGUCAAGGAAAAGUUCUUCAAGAUGAGUUCCCUAGAGGUAUCUGAGGAGGUGAGGCAAUACCUUAAGACACCAACAUUUGAUAACUGGCAGUGGGAAGAUGCUGAGAUCAUGGUGUUGCUCCAAGUGAUGUACACAGACCUGGACUUUAUCUCCACCUUUGACAUAGAGCUGGAUGUGCUGCAGCAUUUCCUCUACAAAGUCUACAAGCGCUACAAUAACAUCCCUUUCCACAACUUCAAACACUGCUUUUGUGUCACUCAAAUGAUGUAUGGCUUGAUAUGGCUAACAGAUCUGAGGACCAAGAUAGAAAACAUUGAUCUCUUAAUCAUGCUGACCUCAGCUGUGUGUCAUGAUCUAGACCACACUGGUUACAACAAUGCUUACCAGAUUAAUGCUCGCACCGAGCUUGCCUUGAGGUACAAUGACAUCUCUCCUUUGGAGAAUCAUCACUGUGCUGUAGCAUUCGAGAUCUUGGAAAAGACCGAGAGCAACAUUUUCCGGAACCUGACAACAGAGCAGUACAAGAGGAUACGUGAGGGCAUAAUUAAGUGUAUUCUGGCCACAGAUAUGAGCAGACACACAGAGAUCCUCAAUAAGUUUAAAGCCAUUCUGCCUGUUUUUGACUUCAGCAACAAGGAUCACAGGGAUGUGCUGAUGAUGAUUAUGAUCAAAGUCAGUGACAUCUCUAAUGAAGCGAGGCCUAUGGAUGUGGCUGAGCCAUGGCUGGACUGCUUGCUUCAGGAGUUUUUUAACCAGAGUGACAUGGAGAAGCUAGAAGGACUUCCUGUCACACCAUUUAUGGACCGGGACAAAGUAACUAAGCCCUCCUCUCAGACUGGCUUCAUUCGUUUUGUUCUCUUUCCACUCUUCAUUGAACUAGCUAAUCUCUUUCCCUGUCUGGAGCAGCACAUCAUUGAUCCCGUGAGGAAAGCCCUGGACUACUACACAGAGAUGGAGAAAGCAUUAGAAAGAGAGAAGCAGAAUCGAACCCAGAGUGAAAAAACAACUAAACCCAAAGAGAGUACAUGCGAUGCUAAGCUUCCACUAGAACCUGAAUCGACACUAAAACCAAGCUCUGUGUAAUGACAACACGCUGGCAUUGUGGAGCAGUGGGAAAGAAUUCUAUACUGUAGGUUUACUGAAUAACGAAAAGAUAAGAGUUAGCAGUAAUGUUUUUAGACCCUUGUGAACAGCUGUCAUGUACGUGCUAUUUUGAAAAACCUUUUAUAAUAUAUUCAACCUUAAUAUUUAAAUUAGCCUGUGUAAGGGCAUAGUAUUUAGCCAGAAGAACCAUAAACUGUUAUUACAUUUUAGUUUUAGAACGUUUUAGACUGAAAGUAUACUCAGUUUUAAAAUGAAGGUAUCCUUAGUCUUUGACCUAAUAAACCAGUAUUAGAAUGUAAUUAUUGCUGGAGGCUUUCAAGCUUUUUGUAAGUAGCUCUGGAUAAGGAUCAUGUAAAUCUAAAUAUACUUUACAUGUAAAUGUAAAAAUACUUUACAGCAUCAUUGAAUGAUUUAUGAUAAUCAUAUAGUGUAUAACUCAACAACUCAACAAAAAGAAAACUUACUGAACAUGUACUGUAUGUAUAAGGCAGUGUUUCAGCACAUGUCAGUAUAACACAUAUUAACAUUAUGUGUGAGGUCAAUGAUCAUGUGUCUACUUUGUAAUACUGGAUAAAUAAGUGUCUACAACACUGCCUGUAUAAGGGAAAGGUAAUAAAUAAAUGAGCAGAG